AUGAAUGGCGUGAAGUUGGUGAAUAAAUGCCCUUUGAAUGAAUUAUCUGCUCGUACAUUAUCACUAAAUUUCAUAACUGAUACGGAGGAAAAUGAUCUUACGGAAUCAUACAAUCUUAGUCGCACCUUCUUCACCAGAAUACUCGGUAUAGUCCACUUUUUUUAUUUUCUCUCAAUUUUUAAUAAUAUACUUCCACUCAUUGGGACCAAAGGACUCUACCCGGUAUCAGAGGUGUUAAGCAUGAUCAGUAAUGAAUUACACACUACCCAUGACUUCCUCAAGUACCUCAAGAAGAUGCCUCUUCUCUUCAUUAUUCUACCUUCAAAUGAUUUUUUUCUUGCAUAUAUACCACUAGUAGGUAUUUUUACUUCUUUUAUACUAAUUCUAGCAGGUUUGGCUAAUUGGAUUGUUAUGACAAUCAUAUUUUUUCUCCUUCAUACAUGUGUCUAUUGUAUGAACACAUUCAAUUUCAACAGUUCGCAUAUGCUGAUUUUGGAAGUAACUUUCUUGGCAAUAUUUUUGCAUCAGCCAAAUGGAUUUAAAAACAAUUCAGGCAAGUGGAAUACACCGUGGGCCGUACGAUGGGGUUUUAAGUUAUUCGUAUAUAAGGUAUUACUGGGUUCGGGCAUUGGUCAAAUCAAAACCAGUAAAAGUUGGUCGGAGUUGUCUGCAAUGCAUAAUUUGUUAAAUUCUAUAACGGCACCUACGUCAUUUUCAUGGUUUAUAGGCCAUAUUGCAUCAAAUCCGACAAGUGAUAGAACUCUAACUAUAUGGGUGCUUGCGAUCGAAUGUAUAUUUUCUAUAUUCGUCAUAACACCUAUUAGGGGUUGUAGGUUGCUGGGUUUCUUCAUAACUAUGGUUUAUUCUUUAUUCUUCUAUUCUCUUGGAGGAAAUCCGCACCUCUAUCUACUUUUAUUUGCUUCAUCCUUAUUUCUAUUAGAUGACAAAGCAUUGAGCUGGAUUUUUUGUAUAGAUACUGAUGAUAAUACAGAUACUGCUGAAAUAAAGUCUAAUGACGAAUAUAAUAUCAGUCUUUCACUCUCCGACGCUCCUCAAUUUUUUUGGAAGUUAUUUCACAAUACACCUAAAGUAAAUGAAUUAAUGAUCACUAUUCCAAUAAUUGGAUUCAAAGUAUCAUACAAUGAUUUUAUUCGCAAAAUGGUAAACGUACUGGGUUCAAAGAUCAUAUACAUUAAACAAUUAGUACUUAUUAUUCUAAUGAUUGUUUUGCUAGUUACUGCAAAGAUUCAUUGGGCCAUUUAUUUAAUAAUACCCAUAAUGCUAUUUAUACACGUUCUUACUGAUUUGGCAAAUUUCUUUUUUGCAUACAUCACCACCUUUACUGUCUUUUUUAUCACAGCCCUUUGGUUAUUCGUACACUUGAUGAUUAAACAUGGGACAUGGGAAGGCGUGAUGAUAUUUGUAACAUUUAUCCUCCUUAUAAAUUCCCUGGGUAAAUCAUGUGAUUGGCAUAUUACUGUCAAAAAAGUGUUUUUCGAGAUAACCUUUGCACUGUUUUUGACCAUCGGAUUCAGCUAUUUUAUAUGUAAUCUUACCCUUAAACACACAAAUUUUAACAAAGAAUUAUUGUCGUAUGGAUUAUAUAAUUCGAUAGCUGCAUAUCCAAAUGUUUAUAAGUAUAGAUAUGAAGCAAUAAUUAUUGGAUCCAGUGAUUAUAAAAUUACCAAAGAUAGCGUAUGGAAGGAGUAUGACUGGAAGUCAAAACCAGGGUAUAUUGACAAUUCCCCUUCCCAUAUAAUUUCCUAUGAACGCCCUUUAGAUGACUGGAUUAAAGUCAACCAUGAUGACUUUAAAAGGUUGUUAGUUCAGUCCAAAGAGUAUAAAAGGGCUGAACGUUUAGCCGUGAAAUGGGGUGUUGACAAGGAAUUUAAAAAUAUUGUACCGUUACUAGUAAUACCACUGUUAUAUAAAUUGAGUAUUGGAGAUGAAAAAAUUGCAUCUCUGUUCGCGAACAACCCCUUUCCAAAUGGCGCGAAACACCUAAAGGUACUCAUAUAUGCAUAUCACAUGUCAUUUGAAUCGCAUAAUGUUAAUAACCGCACCAAUUACACCCAAAAGGAAUUGGAUGACAUGAUGGAUUAUGCUAAAAAACAUAAUUAUGACCCUAAACCGGGUAAAUAUGCAAACUAUGGCAAUAGUUGGAUUAGGCAGCCAUUGCUAGUGUUUGCCGAGUUUGACUUGGAGGAAACCAAUACUGGGACAACUCACCCGCAUGAAAAGCAUCUCAAAAAAAGGCGGGCGGCAAAUAUUCCAUUGGUCCCCUUUUCUCACCCGGUAUACCAUUCCCCUUCCAUAAGAAAACAUACUGACUAUAGCGACACUGUUGACCGUUCCGAUGAUUUGGAAGAUUCAAUAGACAACACGAUUGUAGAUGAUGACAUAGUGUCGUAG